AUGUGGAAUGUGCGGGAGGCCUCGAAGGCGCUAGACGCCAGCUAUGUUGGUGGACUGAAAAAGAGGGAGAUGCAGUUGGAAGAGAUAAGGGUUCAGGUUGAAGCUAGUAAAGUGGAGGAGAGAUUUCUGUUUUCGAAUGUGUGCGGGUUUCCUUUGUACGAAGCGGAUUUCGGGUGGGGAGAACCCGACCGGGUCAGGUUUGUCGGGCUGCCCUACAAGAAUAUGGCAUUUUUUAUGGAUACAAAAACUGGGGAUGGAAUAGAGGUAUUGCUCCAGUUGAGUGAACAAGAUAUGGAAAAAUUCCAAGCUCAUUCGAUGUUAAAGAUUUUAUCAUUCAUUCCCGCCGUCUUCUUCUACCCUUCAAACCCCACAAUUCCCAACUCGGAAAAAUCAAAGCUGCUGAAGAAAUCCUUAUCGAAUGUCCUCUCCAUAUACCACCCUCUCGCCGGCCGCCGCGUGGGAAAUCUCUACGUCGACUGCAACGACGCCGGCACACCCCUCUCCGAAGCCGAAGCAGACUGCGACCUCUCGCUAGCUGUCGCCGAUCCAAACCCUAGUAAUUUGAAGAUAUUUCUACCCCACGAGACAGAUGAGUUCCAUGAUCUCUGCCUGGCUGUUCACGCCACCUAUUUCCCCUGUGGCGGCCUCGCCAUCGGGAUCCUCCUCUCGCACAAGGUCGCCGACGCAUCAUCUUACCUCUUGUUCCUCAAAACCUGGUCCGCCGUCGCAAGAAACGGCGGGGGCGUGCCGUUGCCCAAGUUUGAGCUCGCCGCCUAUGCUCCACAGCUGGACAUCCUCAGCUGCCAGCCUCCGCCGGGAUUAGUGGAGGGAGAUGUCGCCACCACGAUCCUCACAUUCGCAGCAGCGGAGAUCGCCACUCUCCAGGAGAGGUACAACUCCCCGGGCUGUCGUCGCCCGAGCCGGGUGGAAGCACUCUCGGCUUUUAUAUGGACACGAUUCGUGUCCGCAACGGGCGCUAUAUCCGACCCGGAUCAGAUGUGUAUCGUGUAUAAUGCGAUAAACCUAAGGAACCGGGCUGACCCGCCCCUGUCGGAUCACCAGUUCGGUAACUUCAUUGCGCCUUCGACGGCUUUCGUGAGGGCCGGGGACAGCGGCGUGGAGGUUGUGCGGAAGGUGCGGGAAGCUACGAAGAGGAUAGACGCGGGCUACGUGGCCGGGCUGAAGAAGAGGGAGCGGCAAUUGGAAGACAUAAUGGGGCAUGUUCGAGCCAGUGAAGGUGUGAUGGUUAAAAUGUUCUUCUCGAGUCUGUGUGGAUUUCCUUUUACUCAAGUGGAUUUCGGGUGGGGCAGACCGGCCCGGUUGAAGACCAUCGGGUUGCCCUUCCAGAAUUUGGUACAUUUUAUGGAUACAAAUGGUGGGGAUGGAGUAGAGGCACUCAUUCAAUUGAGCAUACAAGAUAUGGAGAAAUUCCAAGCUCAUUUAUCACUCAAUAGUAAAUUGUAA